AGGAGGGGAGGACAAAUCAAAUGUAUCCUUUUGCCUCCCUUCUAGAGACGCCUAUGUUUAUAAUAGCGCGAGUGAUGCUCGAGAUAUUUCGUUAAAGAAAGAUACAUUUUUAUACAUAAUUUAUAUUACAAUUUAUAAAUAAGUUUUGUUUGAAGUGUGAUUUUGAGAUGAAUCCUUCAGAGCCGAGCAGUACCGAAACUCUCAGGUACAAUGAGUUCACAUUGGACGAUUCUGAGACAAGUUCUAAGAUGAAGGAUGUAAUCGACGUUCUCGCAAUGCAACGCGAAAAGAGGAAUACAUUGCAAAAAAGUAUUACAAUUGAUUAUUCCAAAUCCAACGACAGUUUUACAGUUUCACGAUUUAUCUUUGAGUGUGGUUUGAAAUUAGAAACUCACUCGUUGACAAUAGCUACUGCUGCAACGUUAUAUCAUAGAUUCAUAAAAGAAGCAACACUGCAAGGAUAUGAUAAUUAUUUAAUAGCUUCUACUUGUCUUUAUCUGGCUGGAAAAAUGAAGGACGAUACAUUAAAGAUAAGAGACAUAAUGAAUGUAUCUUACAACACGCUUCAUAGAGGAUCUCAGCCAUUAGAUCUUGGAGAUCAAUAUUGGAGUAUGAGAGAUGCGAUUGUUCAAGCUGAACUUUUAAUCAUGAGAAUGCUUAAAUUUCAAGUUAUACCUGUACAUCCACACAAAUACAUGCUUCACUAUCUGAGGACUCUACAAGCCUGGUUUGGUGAAGAGGAAUGGUCCAAGUAUCCAGUUGCCAAAACUAGUAUGGCAUUGCUACAAGACUUUCAUCAUUCUCCAGCUAUUCUCGAUUAUCCACCGAGUUUAAUAGCUAUAGCUUGUAUUAAUUUGUCAUUACAAAUUUAUGGAGUAGUUGUACCUUUGAUGGACGAGUGUGAUCAACAACCAUGGUUCAAUGUUUUCUCUAAAGACUUAGCAAGGGAUAAGCUAUGGGAAAUUAUGGAGAAAGUUAUGGCAGCAUAUGACGAAGAACCUGAAACAAGGGAUAACUGAAAAGUACGAAUUUGUAUAUUGUCAAAAUAAUAAAACAUUUAUCUCUCUUGAAAAUUA